AUGGCUGUGGCAGAUCUUCUGGUCCGGUUUCUGCAAUUAGACUACUUUGCACUGACGCCAUACAGAGAAUACAUACCAGCAAACACGCUUGUAACUAUAUGUAGCGACAAAGGUUGCAAGAUCACCUACAGAGCAACUCAAGAGAACUACAGAAUUCGGAUUUUUGACUUCAAUGAGACUACGUUCAACAUCAGAGUAACACCUGCCAGUUGUGAUUUGGCGAAACCCCACAAGAUAGCGCUCUCCUUUUUCGAUACAUGGAUACCAGGUGAUAUACUGAAGAUGGAGCACAUCGAGAACAACGCAUUCGUCAUCAAGAGAGAAGGAGUGCAUAUAGAGUCACGUUUUUACGGAAUACGUGCUAAGUCUAAGAAGCCUUGUGUUAAUUUUAGGUUCGGUGAAAAUGCGGUCAUUUUCUUAGUUAAUCUCACGAAAGGCAACAGUUCCAUCGAGGAAAGAGGUGGAAAAAAGGAACCAUGUGUUCUCGAAACAAGAAGAGCUAGAUAUUUCGCUCUAUUUGCGAAUCAGAUGGAUAAUUGUCCCACUUUUAUAUCAAUGGUCGAUGAGUCUUUUCCCUUCUGGGAUCGGAGUAAGCCAAAAGGAAUGGAAGGAGUACCGGGAACCGGCGGAAGAGUAUACACUACAGUACUUCGCGAAGUCACGAUCGCCAGUAUAUUGGUCUUUUUCUAUUACCACAUUCUGACCAAGUUCAUCCUUCCGGUGUAUUUUCACUUCAAAGUGCCCGUGCGUGCAAGGCCACCAUUGGCCCAAUCGAGAAUGAAGCAGCCUGUUUCCAAUCCUAAAAAGUCGAACAGGGAAGCGAAACAGCUUUCCAAAGACGGAGCUGCGAAGCAUGAGAUUGCACCUGAAAAUAUUAUUAUGGAAAAAACACAGAAAGCCACAUCGGGAUCAGGCAGUGGAGAAACAGGCACACCGGCACCGACUCCGGGACGGGUACCUGGUUCGACUUCAUCGGGAGCCACACCGGGACAAGACACGCCAGCAACGCCAGCAACGCCAGCUACUCCGGAAACUGCACCUACGCAAGGGACACAGCCGCGCACGCCCGAGUGGAUGUGAUCGUUGAAUAGUUUUUCUUUGUAACGAUAUUGUGACAACCUUUUACCGGCGAUGUCACAAGCUUUAAUGCGUUG